UGUUUUUUUUCUGCCGUGUUGAUUAUGAUGCUUGCCCCUUUUAGCUGAAGCAUGACACAAGCGUGACAGGUCAAAAGUGCUUGUAUUGUUCUACGCGCCUCUGCGCGACAAGACUGCUGCGCGGGAGCAUCGUGGCGCCAGAAAUUAAGCAGUCCGUGCGUUCUCCCGGCCGCUCGGCGCGGGCAUUCUCAAUGCUAUCUCUUUGACAGGCCAUACUGCGCACGGGUGCGUCAGCAGCGUCAACUCAAACAAACGCGGUUUCUGGCUGUCUGGGGAGAGAGUGAAGGAUUCCCGCCCCUUCGCCGAUGGCUCCGAUAAGUCAGCGGCGUUGGAGCCGAGUAUCCACAACCCGGCUUUCCAGUCGAACAUGCCGCACGUGCUGUCCGCCCAGCAAGAGACCCUCGACCGGCGAGGAAAGCGUGAACGCCGAUCAAGUUGGAUGCUGCACCGAGAAAACAUGGGCGUGAAGCUUCAGACAGCUGACAUGAAAGUGAUUAUUCUGGGAGAUUCGAAUGUCGGCAAAACGUCCCUCCUCAUUCGCUACAUCGAGAGGCGGUUUGAAGAUUAUCCUAAAGCAACUCUUGGUGCAUCAUUCACCUUGAAAAUGAGAGGGAAACACAAUAUUGCAAUAUGGGACACAGCAGGACAAGAACGCUAUGUUGGCUUGAGCAUGUUCUACUGCAGAAAUGCUGACGUCGCAAUCAUGGCCUUUGACGUUACGAGCCGCGAAACCUUUAAGGCAUUAAUGACAAGGUAUGUCCAGUUACUGAGCGUGGUAGAUGACUUUGCAUUAAAGGUGGUUGUCGGGACCAAGAAUGACCUGCUAGGCACAAAGAAACGACAGGUUUCUGUUGCCGAGGCGGAAAUCUUCGCAAAGAGCUUAAAUCCUGGCUGGACAACGGACAAGGCGCCCUACUUUGAGACGUCAAGUGCAACAGGCGAAAACAUUGAGGAGGUCUUCGAAUACAUUUUUGAAUAUUGCACCCGUGAACACGGUCUGCUGUCUUGCUGCCUUAACAAUGUUCAUGAGAAAGACCUAAAGACUGUCACUCUCACCCCAAGAACACUAAAGAUAGCCAGGAGUGUAACAAAUUGUUGCCUUUAACAUUAGCUAGUGUUUUUAAUGCAUAAGUCAUCACAUUGCAGGCCAUUGACUUGCUUAAAUGCAUUUAUGUAAAUAUUUUGACUUCAGGAGGGCAUUGCGACGCUCCGCAGUUGUUGUAACCAAGUGUAUGACAGCCGACAUUGUGCCUUGAAGGCAUUCCUUCUCGCUGUCUUGACACUGCACUACAUACUGUGAUAUAUAGCAAUGAACUCUUACUUUUGACUCUCCUGGUCUUCAACUGACCAGACGUUCGUCAUUGUACACAUAUCAUAAGUGCAUAUGUAAUAUUCGGUGCAGGCACCAUGUAUGUAUAUUUUAAUCUGUAUAUACUGUUUAUACAAAGUGGUAGACACUGACAACUGAGAAUGCAUGAGGCAAUAAAGUGAAUGUGGCAUGUGUAAA